AUGAGCAAGAUGGCAGCCUCCGAGACGGUUAGGGUACGGCUUCAGUUUGACUAUCCGAUGCCAGCCACGCAGCACUGCACGGUCUUCUGGCUUCUGGUGGACCUGAACAGAUACCGAGUUGUCACGGAUCUCAUCAGUCUCAUCCCCCCCCAACGCUUCGGCUUCAGUUCCAGGGCGUUCCUGGGCCUCUACCUGGCGGGUAACGUGCACCUGGUGAGAGACAACGGCUUCCUCCGGGUUAAGUUAAAAGAUGGAGGACUCCCUGAGAGUCUCAUAGUAAGCAAUGGGGGUGACUCCCACUUUCCACUCAGAAAAGCAAAGAAGCGGACUUUGAAGUUGGUGGAGGAUGAAGAAACGGACCUGGGUUACAAGUGCUCAAAGAAGCAGUGGAAAAAGCAAGAGGACAGCAGCCACAGUGACAAGGCCUUGGACCUGGAGACAAACCCUGUUCAGGAUGAAGUGGGGAGGAAAAGCAAGAGAAAAAGCCAAGUGACGGGCACCCCGGAAGAGGAGGAGGAAGAGGCCAGAAAGAAGUCGCCAAAAAGAAAGGAGAAAUGUGAACCUAAGAAGCAGACCAAGGCCGCCAAGUCUCCCAAAACACAGGCGCCCAAGGAGUGGAUCUGUGGCCCGCCCAAGGGCUCCCCCAAAGGCUCCCCCAGAAGCAGCAUCACUAAAACCCGGAGGAAAAGCAGCGCAGGGCCAAAAGGGAGCCCAGGCUACCUGUCAGACUCGGAUUCCUCUCCAAAGUCGGUCAGCGAUGGUCACUGCAGCGUCACAGUGCAGGGGCUGACCUUUUCAGAGAAACUCACAGCUGAGCUCUUGAAAGAUGGCAAAACUGCAGCUGCCAGCAGACAGGCCUCAAAGGCCAGCUUUCCCUUAAGCUCUGGCAAGAGCAAGGCCACCAGAACCUCGUCAUCCAGUUCAGACUCGAGUUCAGAGUCGGAAGACCAGUUUGUGGUGUCCAAGAACAUCUCUGAGGGCGCCUCAGACUUCUUAAAGACAGCUGGCCUCUUUGCAGGGCAAGGGUGUCCAGGGCUCACGUUGCAGAUGCCGGGAGUCACGGGAUGGAAGCCUUCUGACUCAAGCAGAGGCAGACAAGCUUCUGGUCCUCCUUCCAGUGUACCCGUCCCCACCAGUUUGGGAAGAGGCUGGGGACGAGGAGAGGACUUCUUUGGGAAGGGACUGAGAGGCCGGGGUAUACGGGGCCGAGGGCAUGCUGUCUCCUGCAUCUUAAAUAGAAGUUCUGAGAGUCAGAAGCAGAAGCAGUUAAAUGACAUCCUAACAAAUUCAUCCACCGUGAUCCAGUAUCCUGUAGAGACACAUAAGAAGGACUAUAAUCUGUUGCCACUGUUGGCAGCUGCCCCUCUAGUCGGCGAGCUCACGUGGGACUACUCUCCAGAUGUCUCUGACUACAAGGAAGGAAAAAUUCUAAGCCACGACCCAGAGACCCAGCAAAUGGAAAUAGAAGUCCUCUCAUCCUUACCAGCUGUGAAAGAAUCUGGAAAGUUUGAUUUGGUCUAUCGCAAUGAAAACGGAACCAAGGUGGUGGAGUAUGGCGUGACACAGGAGAGGCGGAUCACUGUGCUCCGGAAAGAACUGAUUGAACCGAGACUGAUUAUUGACUCCUCAAGUAGUAUCUCAAGUAAAUAG